AUGGAUCAGGAUCACAAGAAGAGUCCGAUCAUGGAACGAAAAAAGACCAUUACCUUGAACUGGGACGGUCUAGGAGAAGACGAUGACGAUGAUGACCGCUUCUUCGAGACAUAUGAUCGGCUUUCCUCCGCUGUCGCCCUCGACUUGGCGGGGGACGAUGAUGAGUUUUUUGAAGACUGCCGGAUGUCUUCUGCUUCGGCCAUUUCAGUGGCCCCCAUUAGUGGCCUCCAUGACUUGGAGGGUGGCGCUGGAGCCCCUCCGUCCAUGUUCGGUGACUUCGGAAUGUGGAUGGCGGCGCCCGGGUCGAUCACUGAACGCCGCAAGAAGCUCUUGCAGGGAAUGGGGUUAAAUAGCAACAAGAAACUUAUUAGCCUCGUUAGUAACAAACUCACGCAUGUUGUUUCUAAGAAAGUUCCCACCGAACAACAGCCUUCCGCACCGCCAACAAUUGAAUCAUCUCAACCCAAAGCAUCGAAACAGGAGGAGUCUUCGGCGCCUUCGGCCACACCCUUGCCAUUAAUACCAGUUUUGCAUGUCCGGGCGAGAUCAGAUGGAGACAUCGAAUGUUUUUCUGCAGACACGAAAAGAAGAAAAGAAGAGCUCAUAGGUCCGGUAUCAAAACAGCGCCUCACAAGAACGUCGUCGAUGAUGUCAACUCCACAUGCCGGCAUAUGCCAUUACACCGAUACACCACAACAGGCCAGAAACAAAUCUUCGGCAUCUAAUGGUGGCACGCUCGGAUCUAUAGUUUCGGAUAGUCAGUUUGGUGCAUUCUUUUUAAUCAAAAAUUUGGACACGGGUAAGGAGUUUAUCGUCAAGGAGUUCAACAAUGAUGGAAUGUGGAAUAGGCUCAGCGAGGUUCAGACUGGGAAGCAGCUUACAAUGGAGGAGUUCCAGAAGUCUGUUGGCCAUUCCCCCGUCGUUACAGAACUGAUGCGUCGAGAAAACGUGUCCAAUAAUGACGAAGGAAAGAAAGAAAGCAUAAAUUCUUACCUCAGCAAGAGCUUCAGAUACAGCAAGAAAAGGGGGGUCUCCCUUCUGAAAAACAUAAAGGACGUGGCCAACGGGUUGAUCCUCGAAAAAGAAAGAGAGCAGCCUCCACCAAUGGUAGAUCAGCAAAGCCAGAAGAACCCGUCUUCUAAGUGGAUCAAGGUCCACCAAACAGGCAAAUCCAUCAAGGAAUUCAGUGCUUUGUAUUUAUGUCAAGAAAUUCAGGCACACGAAGGCUCAAUCUGGACCAUGAAAUUCAGCCAAGACGGCCACUACCUAGCAAGUGCAGGAGAGGAUCGGGUUAUUCACGUGUGGGAAGUCCAAGAAUGUGAAAUUUUGUCGGCGAAGCCAAUGGAUGAUGCAAGUUCUGUCAGCUCCACCCUACUUCACCCCUUGACCGGAAAUUUAUCUGAACAAUCUUCCUUUGCAGAGCUUCCACCAAUGCCAACAGACAAGAAGAAAAAGGGGAAAUCGUCUAACAAGAAGAAGGGCAACUCGAUUCCCAACUUCGUCAAGGUGCCAGAAACUGUGUUUUCGCUUUCAGAAAAACCAAUAUGCUCUUUUACAGGUCACCAGGAUGAUGUCUUGGACCUCUCAUGGUCAAAAUCACAGAUGUUGCUUUCAGCUUCAAUGGACAAAACAGUAAGGCUGUGGGACCUGGAAACCAAGAGCUCUCUAAAAAUGUUUGCACAUAAUGACUAUGUGACUUGUAUACAGUUCAACCCAGUAGACGAUGAUUAUUUCAUCAGUGGCUCACUGGAUGAAAAAGUCCGGAUUUGGAGUAUUCCCAAUAGGCAACUUGUAGAUUAUACUGACCUUCAUGAAAUGGUUACCGCUGUUUGUUAUAACCCGGAUGGCCAGGAAGUUGUCGAUUUUACAGUACAGCAGUUCGCCCCAAGCAACCCAUCCGAGGUGCUUGUUACUUCUGCCGAUUCCGGGAUUCGAAUUAUUGAUGGUUUAGACAUCACUCAAAAGUUUAGAGGUUUCAGAAAUACCAACAGCCAAAUUGCAGCAUCAUUCAGCCCAGAUGGAAGAUAUGUCGUGUGUGCAAGUGAGGACUCUCAAGUGUACAUAUGGAAGCGUGAUGAACCACGGAAUGCAGGUGCGGGGAAAGGCAAAAGUUUGGUCAACAUCCAAUGUCACGAAAACUUUCCCUGCAAAGAUGUUUCUGUUGCCAUCCCAUGGCCCGGUAGCUUAAAAUAUGAAUCUCCAGUUGUUGAACUGCACCCUAAAAAGAACACAAAACGCUCCUCUCCAGCUUCUACAAAUGGAUCUUUAACCGCAGACGAUAGCUCGGUGGGAACAAAUAGCAACAGACAGUUGCCUCCGCUUCCAAAGAAAAACGAUACCUUGGAGAAAAAUGCUAGCUAUCGGGACGAAGACCCUGAACAAGUAUCCCGCACGGACUCUGAGAUUGGUGUUGGUGACUCAAGCUGUUCGUCGACUCAGUGUGGUGACUCACCUUCUCUGUCAUCUUUUGGGACCUCUCCUUCUCAAUCUUGGUCUUCCUCCUGGUCCUUCUUCGAAAGUAAUAAUAGCCUGGGACAUGUCCAAGCAACGGCAUGGGGCUUGGUAAUCGUGGCGGCAGGCUCAGGAGGCGAGAUUAGAGCUUAUCAAAAUUUUGGGUUGCCUAGUAAGGUUGGUCUCAGUCUCAAAGACUUGACAUAA